AUGGAAGCUUUUGAACUUAAUGAUCCAAUAUCAGAAAUUGUUGAUUCAGAUUAUGAUACUCACGAUACUCAUAAUCCUUAUAAUAUUCAUGAUAUUCAUAAUAUUCAUGAUACUCAUGAUACUUACAAUACUCAUGAUACUCAUGAUACUCAUGAUACUCAUGAUACUCACGAUACUCAUGAUAUUCACGAUACUCAUAAUACUUAUAAUACUUAUGAUACUUAUGAUACUCAAGAUACUUAUGAUAAUCAUAAUAUUCAUAGUACUGAUGGUUAUAAAGGUUGGAAGUGUUUAUAUUGUAAUGAACAAAAUCCACGUGCAUCUGAUAUGAAUAUGAAUGCGCAUUUAGCUUUAAAUUGUAAAAAAGUUCCACUUAAUAUUAAACAGGAUCUUUUACAAAAAUUUCUUAUACCAAAUCAAAAAAAAAUCAAAACAGUGAUAGAUAUUCUCACUGAUUUUUGCAAAAAUUUAUAUACUUCAUACAAACCACCUGACCAAAAAAGUUUAAGUAAUAAUUGGCUUAAUUUUGAAACAGCACGAGUUAUAGUAGCUAUGGAAAAAGAACUUCAACAUAAAAGUAAUCUUACAUUAG